AGUCUCCAUCUGGGGAAGCAAAGUGCAGCUGACAUGCCCUGAGAACUCUGAAUCUGAGGAAAUCACAUGGGAGAUAGAAAAGAAGGACACGAAAACGAAUAUGGAGCGUGUGUAUACAUUGGACAAUUUCUUAGAAAUGGAUAACAGUGGUUAUUAUCGCUGCUACAUUAAGGCAUCCAAGGAAAAGAAACAUUAUCUCUACCUGAAAGCAAGAGUGUGUGACAAUUGCCUGGAGGUGGGCCUGACAGAUGUGACCAUCAUCAUGGUGGCUGACCUGUGUGUCACACUGGGCCUGCUGCUGGGUGUAUAUCAAUGGAGCAAGAACAGAAAGGCCAAAGCCAAGCCAGUGACCAGAGCCACAGGCACGGGUGGCCGGCCCAGGGGACAAACCAAGGAGAGGCCCCCACCUGUCCCCAACCCAGACUACGAGCCCAUCCGGAAAGGCCAGCAGGAGCUGUACUCGGGACUGAGCCACAGAGGUGUCUGAUAGCUCUGGAGACACAUACCCCCAGCCCAAAGGGCUUUCCUGGAUCCUUCUACUUCUGCGCCCUGCUCAGACAGGAACCGCGAAACAGGCCUUCUGUCCAUGAGGAAUCAUCCUCUCUGUUGCCCUGUUGCCUCUCUGUCCCCAAGUGCCUCCUUGGAACUGGCACACAGCUCUGGACUGAGGUGCCUCCCUGUGCUCUGAGGCCUGGCCCCUCACACCUGCACACUAUAGUCACUGUUAUCAUUGUCGGGCUACUUGCUUUGAUGUUCCCACUCUCCUUCCACAAGUCUCUCCAGAUCCCAGGGGCUCCACUACAAAGCCCCAGUCACCUUCAGCUAGGCCGCUGGCAGCGAGAAAUAAAGAAAUAAAGAACUUUUUGCCAAAGGA